AUGAAAUCGUCACUAUUCUUCGUUGGCGGGCUAGCUACCCUUGCUCAUUGUAGCGAUCUGCAACCGCGGGUAGCAUGUGCUGGCAACACAGCCGCGACACGAUCCAAGUGGUGUGACCUCAGCAUCGACACCAAUUACUAUGAUGUAGUCCCCACUACCGGCAUCACCAGGGAAUACUAUUUCAACGUCGAGGAGCUGCAGGCGGCUCCGGAUGGCUACUUGCGCACAGUGUACGCUGUUAACGGCCUCGUUCCGGGCCCAACCAUUGUGGCCGACUGGGGGGACGUUGUCGUCGUCCAUGUCAACAACAGUCUCGCUACGGCUCAAAAUGGUACGUCGAUUCAUUUCCAUGGCAUACGCCAGAACUAUACCAAUCAAAUGGACGGCGUGACCUCUAUUACGCAAUGCCCAAUCGCUGUUGGCGAUGUCAUGACUUAUGUGUGGAGGGCCACCCAGUACGGUUCUUCAUGGUACCACUCACAUAUUGGACUACAAGCCUGGGAGGGAGUCGCUGGUGCAAUUCUCAUCAACGGGCCAGCAACAGCAAACUAUGACGUGGAUAAAGGUACCAUAAUGCUGUCUGACUGGAGUCAUCGGACUGCUGAUGAGCUAUAUACCGUGGCACUUACGACUGGGCCGCCCGAGUUGGACACGGGCCUCAUCAAUGGCACAAAUGUGUGGAACAAUACUGGGACCAUCGUUGGGCACAGAUUCAACACAUCUUUUACAUCAGGCCAAUCAUACAGAUUGAGGCUAAUCAACGGAGCUAUCGAUACACAAUUCAAAUUCUCGAUCGACAACCACACCAUGAAGGUUAUUGCUGCCGACCUUGUACCUAUCAAGCCAUACGAUACCACAGUGCUUGACAUCAGCAUGGGCCAGAGAUAUGACGUCGUCGUGAGCGCAGACCAAGCGUCAGUCGCAAAUAACUUCUGGAUGCGUGCCAUCCCACAAGUCGCCUGCUCCAACAACGCCAACACGGCCGAUAUCCGCGGCAUAGUAUACUACGGCAGCGAACCGGCUACCCCUACCACUACCGGCUACGACUAUAAAGACGCCUGCAUCGACGAGCCCGUCUCCAGUCUGGUGCCGUACCUGGCAGUCGAUGCCGGCGAGCAGCACUGGGCCGACCUCGAGCAGGUCGACAUUUUCAAUGCCUCCGGCGUCUUCCUCUGGACGCUCAACGGGACUUCGUUUAACUCCAGCUGGACCAACCCGACACUACUGCAGCUAUAUAACAGAAACACCAAUUAUACCUCAGACAGCCACGUCAUUCAGCUUGAUGAGGCGGACCAGUGGGCGUACCUCAUCAUUGAGAACCAAAACGCCGUGCCUCAUCCCAUUCACCUCCACGGCCACGACUUCUUCAUCCUCGGCCAGGGCAGCGGGGCUUACAACUCCAGUAAUCUUUUAAGCCUGAAGAACGCUGUUCGCCGUGAUGUUGCGAUGCUCUCCGGCUCGGGAUACCUGGUUCUGGCUUUCAAGACGGAUAAUCCCGGCGCGUGGCUAAUGCACUGCCAUAUUGGAUGGCAUACGAAUGCAGGCUUUGCUUUACAAUUUUUAGAACAACCCGAGGUGGCGCAAAAGUUGAUCAACUAUGAGCUUCUGAAUAGCACCUGCGCUGCAUGGUCAUCAUACACGACCAAGUUGGCGAUCGAGCAGCCCACUUAUGAUGAUGGCGUCUGA